AUGUCCUGCUACGACCUGUGCUCCACCGCUGGCUCUGGCGUCCUGCGGCCCCAGCCCCUGGCUGACAGCGGCAACGAGCCGUGCGUCCGCCAGUGCCCCGACUCCACCACCGUGAUCCAGCCUCCCGCCGUGGUGGUCACCUUCCCCGGGCCCAUCCUCAGCUCCUUCCCGCAGGAUUCCGUGGUGGGAUCGGCUGGAGCUCCCGUCCUCGCAGCCUCUGGGGGCUCCCUGGGCUACGGGGGCUACGGGUCCCUGGGCUACGGGGGAUUUGGAUCUGGUGGAUAUGGGGGUUACGGAUCUGGCGGAUAUGGGGGAUUUGGCUAUGGGGGCUAUGGGGGAUUUGGCUCCCUGGGAUAUGGGGGUCUCUGCGGAUAUGGGGGCUCCUCCCUGGGCUCCUUUGGGGGUCUGGGCUCCUGUGGGGGGUUCCGGGGCCUGUAUGGCUCUGGGAGAUCCUUUGGCUCUGGCUAUUGCGGCCCUUGGUCCUCUCGCUACAGCCGCUACGGCCGCGGCAGCUGCGGCUCCUGCUAA